AUGGAAUAUCUCUUCAAAUGGCUGCUUUGCGCUGCGCUGUUCUCAGUUGCACACUGUUUCAGUACUGAAGACAUUAAGGAAGCGAUGCUUCAGAAGCUCGGAAUGACAGAGCCUCCAAGAAUUCAGAAAAGAGAUCUCGAGAAUCUGGUCGUCCCGACUCAUAUUAAGAACAAGUAUCUCUCCAUGUUGAAAUUUCAUAACAAGAGAAGACGCAGGUCAGUGCCAAGUCUUGCGGGCAUUCUCAGAGGCAUCCACGGGAGUGCAGAUAUAGAGGGAGAAAUAAUGUACUCUGACACCACCCGACAACGCUUGGCAUUUGACAUGGAGGCAAGAAUCCGUGAUAACAGCGAAGUAACGAUGGCCGAGUUGAAACUUUACAAGACUGCACCACCCCAAAUGUCCUUGACUGCGAAGAAGAGCCACCGACCCGUUAACAACGCAAGAGUGAGCAUUUACUGGGUGGAAGUGUCGGCCACUGGUUCCAAUCGGACAUCACUUGUGGAUUCAAGGUUGGUGCCAAUCCAUGAAACGGGCUGGACGAGUUUUGAUGUGACUCAGGCGAUUCAUUACUGGUCAAAAACCCAGCGAAACAUCCCUCUACAUUUAGAGGUGUGGAUCGAGGGAGAGAGACCGGGUAGCUACGCUGCAGAGAUGGCAAGAAGUGUGCGCUUCGCUUCACAAAACCCCAAAGAGGAGAUUAAAGAUAAAGGCCAAGGAAAACCUGACCUCGUUUUGUACACCCUCAGUAUGGAUGAAUUUGGGUCGCGAGGCGACUGCAAAUCUAGCACAGCCAUUGGCAUGUGUUGCAGAGAGGAACAUUUUAUAAACUUCCGCGAACUCACCUGGACACAGUUUUGGAUCAUUGAACCGGCGGGCUACCAAGCGUUCCGGUGCAUUGGAGGAUGCAAGCAGCCGGUGCUUAACUACGGAUACGGCAGAAGAUCUUGCGCUGUAGCUGAGAGCGCGCCGUUGCCAAUAAUGUAUUUGGUGAAGAGAGGAGACCACACGGAAAUCGAAGUGGCCGAAUUUCCGAACAUGAUUGUCGAAAAAUGUGGAUGUUCGGUUGAUAAUGUAUCCAACAUCUGA